AUGGGUCUUUCAAUCUCUAAACUACUUUCCGGUUUAUUUGGAAAGAAGGAGAUGCGCAUUCUGAUGGUUGGUUUGGAUGCUGCUGGUAAAACCACCAUCUUGUAUAAACUUAAACUAGGCGAAAUUGUUACAACCAUUCCUACUAUUGGUUUUAACGUGGAAACUGUAGAAUAUAAAAACAUUUCUUUUACUGUUUGGGACGUAGGUGGUCAAGAUAAGAUCAGACCAUUAUGGCGCCAUUAUUUCCAAAAUACUCAGGGAAUCAUUUUUGUGGUUGAUUCAAAUGAUCGUGAACGUAUUUCAGAAGCUAGGGAGGAACUUCAACGUAUGUUAAAUGAAGACGAAUUGCGUGACGCUCUUCUUCUGGUAUUUGCCAACAAACAAGAUUUGCCAAAUGCCAUGAAUGCUGCGGAAAUUACCGAUAAACUCGGACUUCAUUCUCUUCGACAGCGUCAUUGGUACAUUCAAGCCACGUGUGCUACGAGUGGGGAUGGUCUUUAUGAAGGUUUAGCAGCUUCUGACAUUUCCUUUGAACAAUUAUUAUCAAAAACUGCUGAAGAAAAAGCAAAUGUUGAAAUAAACCGCGUCAAAAUCUCUUAUAAUGAUAUGCCAGAAUAUCGCGAUAAGUUAAAUAUUAAAAAAAAUUCAUCUCGUAAACAAUAUGCAAGUAUUUAUUUCAUAAGAUAUGAAGAAUUAAGUCCUAUUGUAUUAAACUCUGCUAAAGCUAAAUGGAAUACCGGAGUUUCACAUGUUGAUAAAAUAUUGGAGGUUAAACCCGAUAAACUUUGUUAUAUCGUUGGAACCAUUUAUAUGGAAAUGCAAUAUAAGCCUAAUAUUCUUGCUGAAGUUUCCAGAGACGAUUGGGAACCUAUUCCACCCCCAAGAGAAAAAUAUUAUAGCGAUACAGAUGAAAUCUGGCUAGAAGAUGAUUCGGGUAGAAUAAAACUUGUAGGUGAUAUAUUAAAAAAAGAAGUGAUAGUUUCAGGAAUUAUUAUGGCGGCUUUAGGGAAAGAAAAUUCCCAAGGAGAUUUCGAAAUAUUAGAUAUUUGUUAUGCUGGGCUUCCUGAACAAAUUAAUCCAACAGUACGGAUGGAUGCAGAUGAUGAUGACAAAUAUGUGGCUUUGAUAAGCGGUAUGAAUUUGGAUACAAAUGGUGCUUUGGAAACAAGAUUACAGCUGAUGUUGGAAUAUCUAACUGGUGAACUUGGAGGUUUUCCGGAACAACAAAAUUUAUCUUCGAAAAUAUCACGAAUAAUAAUUGCCGGUAACAGUCUUGCUGAAGUUAAAGUUGUCCCUGAUGAUAAAAAACAGAAAAAAUAUGGAUAUGAUAAUUCAUCAUACGAUGCAGAACCACGUAUUCAAUUAGAUAAUUUUCUUGAAAAUUUAUGUUCAUUACUACCUACUCAUAUGAUGCCUGGAAAUCAUGAUCCUGCUGAUUUUACAUUACCUCAACAACCAAUUCAUCCUAAUUUACUUCCUAAAGUUGGAAGAAAUCCAAAUUUUCAUGGCGUUACGAAUCCUUAUUGGUGUGAAUUAGAUGGUGUCGUAUUUCUUGGAACUUCUGGCCAAACAAUUGAUGAUAUAUAUAAAUAUAUAGAAAGUGAAGAUAGACUUGCUAUUGCAGAGCGUACAUUAUAUUGGAGGCAUAUUGCUCCCUCAGCUCCCGACACUCUUUGGUGCUAUCCUUUUGAACGUUAUGAUCCUUUUAUUAUUAAUCAAAUGCCUCAUGUAUAUUUUAUUGGUAAUCAGAAAGAAUUUGCUACAAGAUUAAUAGAAGGGCCUAAUCAACAACGUACGCGAAUUAUUUUAUUACCAUCAUUUUCAGAAAGCGGAAUCGUGGUACUUUUAAAUUUAAAGAACCUAAAAUGUCAUACUACAUGCUUCAAGUAA